AUCCCAUUCACAUUCUUUGUUACGCACUUCCUGCUUACCGAACAUUUCCUACUCCAGUCACUCAUUACAUUCAGCCAAACUUCCAACUCCGCACGAUGUUGUCCACCGUCUACGUUGCUUGCCUCUUAGCUGCCUCUGCCAUCGCUUCACCUGUCCAGCACAACCCCCGUUACGUCGCUGGCAGUUACUCGCAGGACAGCGCUCAUUCCAACGAAGAUCACGCUCGCGGUGCCUCGUCCACCCCAUUCAGUAGCAGUUCAUACAGCUCCGACCGUAGCAACUCAGAUGCUAGCCACAAGUCGGGCUCUUACUACAACGGUGGAUCCCCUUAUCUCGGCGGCGGAGCUGCCGGCUUCGGAGGAUACGGGAACAACUUGAACGGCGGUUAUGGUGUCGGCGGCUACAACGGUGCCGCCAGCGCUUAUAACAGCGCCAGCGCUUACAACAGCGCCAGCGCUUACAACACUGCCAGCGGCUACAACGGUAUCGGCUCCAAUGGGUACGGUAUCAGCAACUACGACCCCAGCAUGUACGCAGGUGGUGCUAGCAACUUCGACAGUGCCAACAGCUUUUCGUCCUCCCAGUCCCAGCAAAGCUACAGCAUGUCGACUGUCAACUCCGCCUUCAGCAGCUUGAACAGCUACUUGGAGAACAUGAACUCCCGCCUGAUCAGUGGCCAGAUCACCCAACAAGCUAUCUACCAAGUCGUGCAGCAAAUCACCCAGUACUUCGAGUCCGCCAUGUCGCAAGCCACCUAUUGCGGCGAAUGUGUCAAUGGUCAGAGCCAAUUCAGCAGCGUUGCUUCCAGCUCAUUCUCCCAGUUCACCCAAUUCAUGAACCAGGUUGAACGUCAAUUUGGCGGCAGCAUCUUUGACCAAUUCUCCAACCCCAUGUCGACUCUCUCUACUUCCAUGCAAUCGUUCUUCCACCGAGCCAGCUCCAGAUCUUCCUCAAUGACCUCUCAGAGCUUCAUCCCAUCGGACUUCACCCCCUUGGCGCAAAGACUGAUGCCCGACAUCGUGCCAUCUCUUUCCCAAUUCCAGCAGAAGAAGUAGAUUGCUCUUCUGACUUGUUCCCCCCACAUCAUGUUCAAGCUAUAAGCACAUGCCACCCUGCAGUCCCAUUAGUUCACUAGCCCUCCAUGUUGUGUUGAAUCUUUGGGCUUGUGCCGCAUUGUAUCCUGAUCGGUGUCUCUACACCCCAUUUCGCGUUUCUUUUGCGCUGUUUGUUUUCGUUUGCUUCCUCAUUCAACAGACAAUUUCAUACCACGUUCGUUCAUUACAAAUCAUCCCGUAGGAAGGUGCACACAAGACCAGCAGUGCGCACUCUUAAUCCUUUCCACCGGAUUGCAAUGGUGUUUGCCAC